AUGCACGGUUAUCGGUUGAUAAUGAAAUUUAACCAAUGUGCUCAUAAAAAUUAUCUGUCCGAAUUGAUUGAUCCUUUGUACGAUAUAUUGGAGAACAAGGAAGAUAUCUCGAUUCAAUCAUUAACGGUCAUUUGGAUGGGAAUAUUGAAUGAAAAGAACAAAAAACAAGCCAUUUAUCUUUUCCGACUUCUCUUUCUUAUGAUACAUCUCAUCGAAUCAAAGGGUGUAGGUGAGAACGAACAAUUAGUUCUUCAAUAUUUUAUACAUCAAGCCUUGUAUCGAAAUAUAAUUAUCGAAAAUGAAUAUCCCCCGUUCAGCUAUUUGAUAACUCGAAUCGUAGAAGGCGAACAUAUUUAUACAUACUCGUUUCUCAGUGUUCCAGUUUUAUCAUGUAUUCGAAUACUGAUCGACAGUGGUGUAGAUGUCAAUGAAAUUGUGUCAAGUACGAAAUCAGCACCAUUGCAUUUGAUUGCACAAUGCAGUAAUAUCGAUCAUGUCAGAUCUGUUAUCCGAUUACUUCUCGAGACAAACGCUCAUCUAGAUUAUGUCAAUAGGAAUGGUUUACAAGCAGAACAAGUGGCGUACGAUUGGGAAAUUAGAGAUUUGUUACGUGUCAAUCGAAAACUUUCUCUCAAAUGUCAAUGUGCUCAUCUGGUCAACUCACGAAACUUAAACUAG